AUGUAUGACAUGCGCGUAACUGCGCUUUCCCAGCACAAGGUCGACUGUGCCUUGUCCGAUCCAAGAACGAAAAAUUCUACGUCUUCUCUGUCAUCUUUUGGCUUCGAGGCGAGCGUUACGGAGCUCAAAUCAUGGGAUUUGCUCACUUCAAAUCGACGAAUGUCAGUGUUUUCAUCGUCUGCCGUAAAAGAUCAUCCAAAUUUAACCACUGGUGGAGAUACUAGUACCAGGAGUGAGUUGAGAACGUUUGCUCAACGAUCGCUUCCACUAUGGGCACACCCAAAAGUGUCAUUCAUAGAGACAAGCAAGGAUCAUCCACAAGGUCGAAUUCUUGAGGUCAAGCGGAAAGGACCAAAUUUGAGUCAAGAUAUAGGUGCAAACAGCACGGGGAUGACUAUUGAGGGCCACGCGAACGGCGAUGAUCAACUUUUUGUGAUGGAAAUGGAUUCCUAUUUUGGCAUUAGUGGUUCACCAGUUUUCGAUGGUCAACGCGGCAGUCGUUCAACAGCGCCAGAUGUCCCACCUCCACUAGAUUUGGCAGUAAGUAUUAACAUGGCCAUAUCAUCUUCACUGGCCGAAACACCGUCAAAGCCGACUCCUGAGGUGAAGAACACGAUUUGCUUUGGCCCAAUCGAUACAAACUUAUUGUCUAGUGUGUGUGAUGGCACUGGGCUGACUCAAAAAGGAAAGAAGAGGAAAGCGAAAAAUCUUCAAAUUAUUACACCUUCAUCUUCCGUUGACAAAGAGAUUACUGAAAAAGCUUGCUCUCCUGGUCAGCUUGCAUCAUUACAGUUUACGAUGCAUGAUAUGUACUUCGCGGCUCCCGUUGAAAAUACUAACACUUGA